AUGUCUUUACAAUAUAAGUUUAGUUGGCCAGCGGGCCCUGGAUCCGUCGUUAUAACAGGUGCUUUUGAUGAAUGGAAAGGUACUUUACCGUUGGUUAAGCAGUCAGAUGGUGAUUUUGAAAUCACCAUGCCAGUUAGUUUCAAAGAUGAGGAUGAUUCUAAAUUUUAUUUCAAGUUCAUUGUCGAUGAAAAGUGGGUCACCAGUGACAAAUACGCUAAGGAGUUAGAUGUUGAGAAAAAAGUUGAAAAUAACUACAUUGUGAAAUCUGAUGUGGUGAAUGCUGCUACUGCUCAAGGUGCUGCAAUCCCCGAAGCCGGCGCUUUAGUCGCGGGAGCUUCCGAACAAACUGCUUCUGCCAACAAGAAGAAGAAUAAGAAAAAGAAGAAUAAGAAGAAGAACAAGAAGAAGAAGAACGCUGCUGCUGCCACUGCCGCAGUCGCAGCUGAAGGUGAGGCUGCGGGUGAAACCGAGGAGACUAGUGAUGAUGUUACUGAAGCUUCCAAGAGUGCUACUCCAGCUACCGAGCUUGAAGUUGAGAAUGAAAGUGAAAAUAUCGUUAACAUAUUGCCAGUUAUAGAAACACAAGCUGCCACCACUGUUGCUGGUGAAAUGGGUCCAGUUAUCGUUGAAAACCCAGAAGAAAUCAAAGAAUUUAGAGAAAUUUCCGAUGUCGAUGCAAAUGAAUUAAAUGAAAGAUUAAACAAGGAAAAUGCCAAAGCCAUUGAAGAACCAGUUGUCGAAGAGGCAGUUGCUGAAGAGCCAAAGGUUGAAGAGCCAGUUGUCGAAGAGCCAGUUAUCGAACAACCAAAUGUUGAAGAGCCAGUUGUUGAAGAGCCAGUUGUCGAAGAGCCAGUUGCUGAAGAGCCAGUUGUCGAAGAACCAGUUGCUGAAGAGCCAAAGGUUGAAGAGCCAGUUGUCGAAGAACAAACAAAGGAAGGUGCCACUUUGGAUCCAAAGGCGCAGACUGAAUCUGUUGCUAAAGAAACUGAAAAGAAAGAGAAGACAAAACCUGUUGAAUCUGUAAAAAAAAUCACUAAACAAGUUGAAUCAGCCAAACCAACUGAAGCUGAAAAACCGAAGAAGAAAGGCUUCUUCAGUAAGUUAAAGAAAUUGUUCGGUUAA